UGGCUUGCUCAGCGAUAUCCGAGAAGUGUCCUUAUCAGCCGUCUUAUCAGUGAUAGUGGGGUUAACCGUUACGAUGUCGGGCCUUCAGUAUCUCGCCACCCAGGCAACUGUGCAAGUUAGAGGGAAGGGGACUCACAAAUUCCUUAUUAACCGAAGUAUUUUCUGAAAGCGGAACUUGAGUGCAGUGCAGUGGUGUUCGCAGCGGAAAUGUGGUGGCAGGCGAUCGUGGUGGCGCUGGCCGGGUUGUGCCACAUCACACGCGCCCAGGUUGUCACUGUCGACAAUAACGCCUACAGAGGCUUGGUCGUAAGCAUCAGUGAAAACUUAAACGAGCUACUGUGUGACGAAUACAUCAACGGCAUUAAGAACAUGUUCACGGCCGGGUCUGAGCUCCUCUACUCAGCGACGGACAACAGACUCAGCUUCGGCGAGGUGACCAUCGUCGUUCCUGAAGCAUGGGCUUGCCAGGACGUCGUCAACUCCUCGAACGUGGCGUGGGACCAAGCACAUUUCCGGGUGGGUCCUUUGCACUCGGUCUUCGGACAAAACCCCUGGACUCAACAACCCCGGGGCUGCGGAGAACCUGGGGAUUUCAUGUACUUCCCCGAGCCCUUCCUUCUCGAAAAUUCGACGCUAGGAUCAAAAGGCAGCGUGUUGGUGCACGAGUGGGCCAAGUACCGAUGGGGCGUCUUCGAGGAAUACGGACACAGGGCCGACCCGAUCUUCCCUUCCGCCACCAAGUCGUACGAUGCUAACGAGACACUCAGACACACCUACUGCACGGACGGCGAAGUGAAGGGGAAUUUUUAUCAGUGUGACGGAGAUAACCUCGAUUCCUGUUACUUCGUGCCCAGCGCAGACGAGACAACAGGAGUAACCUCUUCUCUCCUUGCCACUCCUUUCCUAAGUUCCGUAGUUAACUUCUGCACCAGCGAAACCCACGUGGCCGAUGUUCCUACAAAACAUAACCUUCUGUGCGAAAAAAGGAGCACUUGGGAUGUUAUAAAGGAUCAUUCAGAUAUUACUGGCACGUCUCCGGGUGUUGCAGUUACACCGAGCUUCACUGUGAAACGGUUAACAUCACAAACAACAGGAAACAAACUUGUAUUCCUCUUGGACGUCACCGCACCAAUGAAAGUGGGUGCAGACACAUGGAAUUAUCUGCGUGAUGCGGUGAGGCAAUUCAUCUUAUCUGAGGCAACGAACGGGAUGCAGGUGGGCCUCGUGAGCUUCACAGACUCUGCAACUAUAAUUUCUGAACUCGUCACGCUUGAUGGUGGAAACAGGGGAACACUGGCAGAGAAAGUUCCUAAUUCACCACAAGACGCUCAGAGCAAGAAAGUGGCUGAAGGAAUAUCUAAAGCUAAACAGGUGUUAGGUGCAGAAGGUACGGUGAUACUGGUGACAGAGAACAUGAAGAUACACUCGGAGGACCUGGUUGCAGCUGCUGAUGGCACUCCUGUGUGGCCCAUCCUGUAUCCUCAUCUCAUAGGGGUUUCCUAUAGCAAUUAUCAGGACCUUGCCGAUGCCGGUGGCGUGUCUGUGUUCACUAUUGAAGAUGAAGUAGUUGAUUUUGGAAUAAUUUCCAUUCAGUCUGUUGACAACCGUGUGGCUCUCACCCGUUUUUUCCUGGGUAUCCAAUAUGCAACACAAGGCAUUUCGCCACAGGAGAUUGUCAGUAGUUCAUGCUCUGGCUACAGUUGCCAGAUGAGCCUAGAUGUACCAGCGAAUACCAACUAUGAAGAGACCUUUAACAUCGAAAUUUAUUUUUGUGAUGUCGAUGGCACAGACCUCACAGCAACAGUGCGAGACCCAAUGGGCGCUGUCAUUGGUAAUUCAUAUAACCAAGAUACAAACAGUCUAUACAGAGGGACUGGAUUACAGGCUGGUACCUACACUGUAGAAGUAUCCAGACAGGGAAAUGCAAUGGAUGUGAAGUCCUCUCUACUGGCGACCUUGCAAACAGAGUCAGGUGGAUACGCCAUUAAGCUUUGGUCAUCCCUUGACCUUCAGCACUUGGAGUACACGUCGGACUCUGCCCCAACGCUCUUUGCUAUGGUGAGUGAGGGUGACAGCCACGUGGUGUAUGCGAGUGUCACUGCCACAGUUACGGACUCGGGCCAGAACACCGCCGUCCUGGUCAUGCGUGAUGAUGGCACAGGAGCCGAUGUUACGGGAAACGAUGGCGUGUAUUCAGCCUACCUGAUAGGCCUCUCUCAGCUUGGAAGUGCCAGCGUCCAGGUUUCAGCGAAUGACAACGGAGGUUUAGCCAAACUGGUGACGGGAACCACACGCACAGCUCCGGUAGAUGUUAACGGUUAGUAAGCGUGAUUUGUAAAUACUCGCUGAAAGUACUGUAGGUGGGU